GCUGGUUACGAAAUCGCAGCGAGAAUUCUUACAACCACAGGCGAGGACGCACCCCUAACAAAGUCUGCAAGGCUGUGUGUGUAGGUCAGCUGCAGUCUCAAACAACGUGUGAGGUCCUGGUUGGGGCCAAUUCCAGUACCGAUACGAAAUCCUCCGCAGCCCAACGCCCGGGCUCUGACGCUUCUUUCUCGCGCGGAGACGAGGGUCUCUGCCGGGCUUUUCGGCUGUUUUGAAAAGAUUCUCCAGACGGAUCUUUUUUGGGCCACAGAGCAGAAACCCUCCGAGGAGAAGCUACACUGAAUAAAGGAUUUGAGCCCCCCAGAGACCACCAAGGCGAGGUCCUCCGGGGUCCAGAGCGUCCCGGAAUUGGGGGCGGAGACUCCUGGAGGCGGAGCACUUCCGGCCAACGCGCGGGCGGUCUCCUCCCGCUCGCAAGGUCCCAGGUGCAUACUCCUUGAGCAGGUGUCAGGAAGAUGGCAACCUUAGAGGACGUUGAGGAGUCCACUCCUGUCCUGUCACCCAGCAGUCUGUCAUCACCAGGGACACCUGGAGACCAGCACCACGUGCAUCCUCACGGGCACAGGAAGAUGCUGGGCUCCCCCUGUUCCAGUCCCGAGGUGCCUUCCCAGGCAGCAGACCUGGACCUUCAAGACAUAGAGGAAGUGGAGGUCAGCAGAGACACCUGGCUUGACUCUGAGUGGGAGCCCAAGAAGACUCCAGCGGCUCUCAGUUCCCACAGCCCUGGAGAUGGCCUGGCCUCAGAUGGAAGGGCUCUGAGGGGCCUCUUGAAGAGCCUCCCCAGCAUGUCUAAGUGUGGGGACAGCUUUGGCCAGGAAUGUACCGUGGAGCAGUCAGCAGGCCUGCCUCCAGGGACCCUGCCCUGCUCUCAGAAAAGGGACACUUGGCACAUGGUGCUCGUGCCACAGGGAGCCCAAGGGACCGAGGACAGUGCCAAGAAGGCUGCCGAGCUGGGCAGUAGUUUGGGGCGCAGCUGCCGGCAGGCCAGCCCACGGAGCGCCAAACCACACCGCUGUGAGGCCUGUGGCAAGAGCUUCAAGUACAACUCUCUGCUGCUGAAGCACCAGCGCAUCCACACUGGGGAGAAGCCUUACGCCUGCCACGAGUGCAGCAAGCGCUUCGGGAGCUGGUGGGGCUUCAUGCAGCACCACCGCAUCCACACGGGUGAGAAGCCCUAUGAGUGUGGCCAGUGCGGCCAGGCCUUCAGCCACAGCUCACACUUUACGCAGCACCUGCGCAUCCACAACGGUGAGAAGCCCUACAAGUGCGGCGAGUGCGGCCAUGCCUUCAGCCAGAGCUCCAACCUGGUGCGGCACCAGCGGCUGCACACCGGGGAGAAGCCGUACGUCUGCAGCCAGUGCGGCAAGGCCUUCAUCUGGAGCUCCGUGCUCAUCGAACACCAGCGCAUUCACACCGGCGAGAAGCCCUACAAGUGCGAAGAUUGCGGCAAGGCCUUCCGAGGUCGGUCACACUUCUUCCGGCACCUACGGACUCACACGGGUGAGAAGCCCUUCGCCUGUGGCACCUGUGGCAAGGCUUUUGGCCAGAGCUCCCAGCUCAUCCAGCACCAGAGGGUGCACUACCAUGAGUAGCGCACAUCCCAAUAAAGUUUGUGGGUGAACCUGCUCCUCUUGAGAUGGAGAUGCUUUACUGGUACAUGGCAGGACAUGUCCUGUGUCCAAGUAUGGUGGCUAAAGAAACUGUUUUGUGCUAGAUAUCCAUCUUGAUACCCACCAGCCAUUUGUCUCUGACUCCAGUCCCUGAAGAUAAAUUCCCAGUAACCCUGACUCAGUGACCUCCACCCAAAAGUUCACAGCCGUGACAUCUACGCAUCAUGAUAUGACUAACUACUCUUUGGCUUCUGUGACCUGCUUAUGCAGACAUGAGAGGACUAUUUGAGUUCUCCUUUGCUACCUAAUCUUGGCAGAGCAGAACGGCUCCUGGCUGGCUUGUGCAGAUACUCAAGGUCGUCUUGUGGGUUUUGCCUUAAGAAUCCUUCCCUCACCCCCUUCACCCAGCAGUCUCUAGUCUGGCUCAGAGACUGCUGUCCUGCUAGCGGUUUCAAUAAAUAAACCUGAUGUGCCUGUGGGACUUAAAUAGCAGACUCCAGCGAGCAGGCGAGAAGGACAGAAAGGGCAGGCAGCUCCUGGGGCGAGAUGAGGAGUGGUUAGCCAACGUUAGAGGCAACAGAAGCCAAGCAAGAGACAGCACAAGCCCCUGAAGGGAGCAGGGAAACCAAGCUCCAGAAGUGAGAAUCUGUGGGGAGGGAGAAUCUGCAUGGUUUGGUUUCCCAUAUCUGCAACAAAACUCCAACACACACCAGAAAACACAGAUCCACCAAACAACAUUAAAAAAGUCAGAACGCCUAAGUGGAGACCAGAGAAACACAGACAUGUGGUGGCCAUCUUCACUCAUGUGCUAGAACCAGGGGGACAGGAGGGUGUCUCCCAUUCUGUCCCUGGAGACUGGGUCCAUGAUGACAUCUGAUCUCCCCUAUGUCUCCCCAGAUGUCGGGACUUCCAGAACGGAACAACUCACUAAUGGGUCUGCAUUUCAAAUAUGUGUUGGCUGGCAAUUUUACAGAUCCUCAGUGGUCACAGUCUGGGGUUCCCCUAGGCCUCCAAAUCCACAAUGUCCUUGCCCCCAUCUAGGGUCUGUCCUCAACUAGUGACUCUAAUUUGUGACAGCCUUGGUCUCAGGCUUUCCCAGGCUUCACCUGGCCCUGACUCUAGGGUCUUCCAGGAAUCCUGAAUGAGCCCCCAAAUGUUAUGGAGUUUGGGACACCCCACCCCAGGAAAAGACUACAGACCCAAUGCAGAUUAUAAUUAAAAUCUGUAAAAGUAAAUCUAUAAAAAAAAUCUGUAAAAAACAAGCCAAGCGGUGGUGGCACACACCUUUAAAUCCCAGCACUUGGGAGGCAGAGGCAGGCUGGUCUUUGUGAAUUCGAGGUAAGCCUGGUCUACAGAGCUAAUUCCAGGACAGCUAGGGCUGUUACACAGAGAAACCCUGUCUUGAAAAACAAAAUCAAAUCUGUAAAAAACAAAAACAAGCUGAUGUUAACAUUUUCUGAGUUCCCACAGAAGUCUUGUUUUUACGGUUUCCCUGUGUAACAGCCUCUAGAUUACAGAUACUUAAAUUCUGCAACCUGAUGACUUUAUAAAAGAUACUUCUGAAGCUGUUCAGGUUGUCUGCCUCCAUCUGCACACACACAAACUGGCUAUAUAGUAAAAUCAAGCCCUGUCUACAAUCUCUCACUGGUAACUCCAGAUAUGCCUGCUUCAAGUCAUCAGAGCUGGGAGUGUUGAACGUUAGUAUUAAAGGUGUGCAGAGAUGCCUUUAAUCCCAGCCCUCACAGAGGCAGAAGCAGGCAGAACUCUGAGUUCAAGGCCAGCCUGGUCUCCAGAGCCAGUGCCAGGAUAGUCAGGGAUACACAGAGAAACCCUGUCCUGAAAACCAUUACUAUUCCUUCAAAAAGGAAGAGAUGAAGGUCACUGGGCCUUCAUCUGAGCAUCCAGUCACUCCUCCCUCCUAAUUUAUGCAAUAGGCCCUGAGUUGCAUGAAGCCCCAAGGUUUUCUGGGAAAGCCAGGGUGUACGGGCUAAAAACUAGGAAUAAGGAUGGGGCCCAGCUCUGCAGCAGAGGGAAAGCUGUGGAACACACCGGGCAGAGGCCCAGACACUGUCUAACACCCCUUAAGGAGAAACUUCUUACAAUAAAUGGUAUACUUAUU